UCAAAGACGGAGAGUAACAGAGACAGGAAAAGAUUUUAUUCUCCGUUAUUUCAGCUGCUUGUUACUUCAGCAGAUAUCUAAUGGAAUAAUUAUCGUGUUUCAUUUUGUUUAUGCGUUUAAAACCCGUUUGAAGCUUUUAAAGCAGCUGUUAUGUUAUGUAUUAUAUGUUAUAUAUUUGAUGUAUUUAUCACAAUGCGGAAGAAGCAGAAACGGAACUAAAACGGAAGGUAACUUUUUCCGGGUUUUGUUUGUGCCAGUUAUUUGGAUGAAAGUGCAGCAGAAAAAACGAGGUACAGCCCGGAAUUUCAGCAAAAUAGUAGAGGCUCAGAUUUUUCUUCCCAGAGACUAAAGACAUUCAUAGAGGAGUACUUAAAGUCCAUCCUUUCCGCUCGAAAUGGAGGAUCGAUCAGCGCCUCCUGCAUCUACGUCCCUACCUCCUGUCUCUCUCCAGACCUCCAUCACAGCUCAGGAUGGAGCUGUUCAUGCUCCUCAGGUGGUUGGUUGUCACAUUGGAGGGAAUGUCAUUAUCACAACUCAAUCACACAUGCACCCGACCGCCGAGCCCCGUCAGAGAGCCCCGUGUGAAGCCUCUCAUACCGGACCUGACAUUAUAUUAAGGGUCAGUAAAAAGUUGAAAUCCAACCUGAGAGAGAAAUUUGAGACCAUCUUUGAGGGAACUGCUAAAAGAGGGAACCGAGCUCUCUUCAGGGAGAUUUACACAGAGCUCUACAUCACAGUGGGAGAGACAGAAGGCGUGAACAAUGAGCAUGAGGUUUGGCAGAUUGAUCCUGCAUUCAAGACACUUCCUGAACAGGACAUGCCAAUCAACUGCAGGGAUAUCUUCAAACCAUUUAACCAGCAAGGUCUUGUAGGGAACACAGAAGAAAAGAAAACCAAAGGCAACAAACAAGCAGAAGGUAAAAUCAGAACUGUACUGACUAAAGGCAUUGCUGGAAUUGGAAAAACUGUCUCAGUGCAGAAGUUUAUUCUUGACUGGGCUGAAGAAAAAGCCAAUCAGGACAUCGAUCUGUUAUUUGUUUUACCUUUCCGUGAACUGAACUCCAUGAUAAAUGAGAACUACAGUCUUCAUGAGCUUCUACGUGACUUUCACUCAGAACUUAACGAAUUUAAAGAUGUAAAAUAUUAUGACGACUGUAAAACCCUGUUCAUUUUUGACGGUCUAGAUGAAAGCAAGCUUCCAUUUGCUUUCGGAGAGAAAAGAGUGUCAAGCGUUUCCAAAUCAGCAUCUCUGGACGUGCUGAUGACCAACAUCAUCCAAGGGAAUCUGCUUCCCUCCGCUUUGGUGUGGAUAACUUCACGGCCAGCUGCAAUAGACAUUAUCCCUCCAGAUCUGAUUCAACGUAUAACUGAAGUACGAGGAUUCACAGACUUGCAGAAGGAGGAAUACUUCAGAAAAAGAAUCAGCGACCAAAGCUUGGCCAGCAGGAUCAUCUCACAUGUAAGGAACGCGAGGAGCCUUGAGAUCAUGUGCCAUAUACCAGUCUUCUGUUGGAUCAUAGCUACAGUUCUGGAAAAAAUGCUUAUCAGAGAGUGUGAAAGAAUCCCAUCAUCUCUUACUGAGAUGUACACACGCUUUUUGCUAAUCCAAACAAAUGAAAAGAAGAAAAAGUAUCUCGGAAUGACAGAAAGGGAUCCAUUAAGACUAUCCGAUGCUGAUGUUGAGAUCAUCCUGAAACUUGGGAAGCUGGCUUUUGACAAACUUCAGAAAAGCAGCAUUGUGUUUUCAGAAGAUGAUCUAAGAGAUUAUGGCAUUGAUAUCACUGAAGCCUCAGUGAGGUCAGGAGUGUUUACUGAGAUUGUCAGAGAAGAGGAUCCGAUGUUUUCAGUAAAGAAGUACAGCUUUGUGCACUUAAGCUUUCAGGAGUAUCUUGCAGCCUUUUUUGUCUUCCACAAAUUUGCUGUUGAAGGAAUCAGUGUGAUGCAGUCCGACCAAGACAAACCUGCUCAAAACCACAAUUAUGUAGACUAUAGCGACAACCUUGCAUUUGAUGAUGAUGAUGAUGACAACUACAACAGUGAUUUUGACUUUUCACAGAGGGUUCCUCAGCAAAAUUUGACCUUGCAUGAUUUACAAAAAAAUGCAAUACACAAUACCAUGAAGAGUAGGAGUGGGCAUUUGGAUCUUUUCCUUCGCUUCCUUCUUGGUCUCUCAAUGGAGUCCAAUUUGCUGUUGCUGAAGUCCAUCCCUCUGAAAGUAGAGAACGUGCAGGAGAACAUUCAUCACACUAUGCAAUACAUCAAAAACAUGCUCAGAGAGGAGGAUGACAGAAAAACUCCUUCCUCAGAGAGAUGCAUUAACCUUUUUCAUUGUCUUCUGGAGCUGGAUGAUCACUCCAUGGCAGAGGAAAUCCGAAGAUUUCUGACCACAGAAACACAAACUAGGCCCAGACUAACAGCAGCACAAUGCUCCACUUUGGCCUACAUCAUUCUGCAGUCCAGGGAGGUCCUGGAAGAAUUGGAUCUGCAUAAAUACAACACAUCUGAGGAGGGUCGUAGAAGGCUUGUCUCUGCUGUGAGGAGUUGCAGAAGGGCUGUAAUGGCUGAUUGUAGUCUGACAGAACAAAGCUGCAAGACUGUGGCUUCUGCACUUCAGGAUCCAGACACACCUUUAAGAGAGCUGGACCUCAGCCGCAAUUUUGUGUUAACCAUGAGGCAGGAGUCUCUCCUGCCUGGCCUGAACAGCCCGUAUUGCAGGCUGGAGAAUCUGAACAUCAGUUACAUCAACCUGGAGAAAUCAGGAGCAUCUCUUCUGCGUGCGGUUCUGAUGGGCCCUCACCCUCCGCCACACACACUAAAGCUCUGUGCAUGUGAUAUUAAAGAUGACUCUGCAGAGAUUUUGUUUUCAGCCUUUCAGUCAUCCGAGUGUCAGCUGAAAGAGCUGGACAUCAGCUACAACAGCUUAACCCUGAAAGGAGUGAAAUUGGUCCUUCAGGGUCUUCAGAGUCCCAGCUGUUAUCUUGAAAUAUUAAGACUGUCCGGCAGUCAGAUCAGUGCUGAAAGCUGUAGUUAUCUGGCAUCAGCCCUCAAACACUCAUUUCUGAGAGAGCUGAUUCUGGACAACUGCAGCAUUAGUGAUGUGGGAGUAAAACGUCUCUGCCCCGGACUAAUGAGUCCUCGCUGUCCGCUACAGACACUGGGGCUUAGACAGUGUAACCUCUCAUGGAAAGCUUGUGUAUAUCUGACUGUGACUUUGGGCACUUACUCUGUGAUUAAAACACUCAACCUGAGAGACAACGACCUUCAGGAUUCAGGAGUUAAGCUUCUGGCUACUGGACUGAAAAAUCCCAACUGUGUCCUCCAAAAACUGGGGUUGUCAGGAUGUUCCAUUAGUGUAGAGGGCUGCUCUUCUUUGGCUUCAGCGCUGAGAUCAAACCCAUCAUCAUUCCUGAGAGAUCUCGAUCUGAGCUACAACCAUCCAGGACCUUUAGGAAAGAAGCUGCUCUCUGAUCUACUGCAUGAUCCAUGUUACAACCUGCAGACUUUAAGAUUGGACCAUGAUGGGCAAUCACGACUAGCAACUGGUUUCUGGAAAUACUACCAAGAGCUCAACUUCAAUUACAGCCAUGAUCUCAUAUGUUCUCAAGACAGGAAAGGAGUUGUUAGGUAUCAGGAGCUUGUAGAUAUGUACGACCCGCCAUAUAUGACCAGGGAACAAGCCCAGUGGGAAAAGGUAUCCUGCAGUGAAGAACUGACAGAUGGAAGGUUUUACUGGGAGGUGCAAUGGGAUGGCUUUGUCAGUAUUGCAUUAAAGGAGGACAAGCACCGUUUUAGGGGAAAAUCUUUAAAGUUUGUCUGCCACAGUCACCAGUAUGCUGCCAUCCAUGAAGAAAAUGUACGUGUAAAAACACUCUUUGCUGUGCAGCCUGCCCCCACUCCUGGUUUAAAGACAACUGGAGUGUAUCUGGACUAUCCAGAAGGAACUCUGUCCGUUUACAGCAUCUCCUCUCAGGGUGUGAACCGCCUCUACACGUUCCACACCACCUUCAAUAAACCGGUGAUCCCUGAGUUCCAUUUAGCAAGGCCAGAUGUGGUGGAUGAACUAGGAUCUAUCAUCGUCAUUGUUACACAAUCUCCCGAGUCUGUCCAGCAUACUAAAUUACAGCUCUUUCAACAAAUUGUGGCUAGAGAAACAUGGUAAAUGAUUAUUGAACCUUAUAGUGUAGGGGUUUAUAUUAUUAAAUACACAAGGAAUCCAAGAAGUUACCAGGGCAGUCCACAAUUUUCUUACUGAAAUACGAGCAGGAAAUUGCAAUCCUCCCUUUUAUUUGAAAGGAAACACAGAAGAUUUAACACAUUGAUCUUUACUGUCACAGUCAGCAAUAUGAAAAAUGAUAUAUUAAUAAAGCAAGAGAAGAUUAUAAAUGGUAGUCUGUAGCCAGAAGUUCUUAGAAUACAGCUUUGUGCAUGUUCUGAAUGAUCCUGUGUCUCCCUUAUGGUGCACUUGCGACAAGCUAUAGCUAGGUUGCAUCUUAGCAUGCUAGUCAUUAAAGGACAAUAUGAGAUAAUAUAGGACUCGUACAUCUGGAGAUGUGGCAUGAGUUCACAUAUAGAUAUAGUGAGUUCAACAGUUCUGUAGGCGAGUAACGUAAAGGACUGCCUAGCCAUUCUACCCUAUUCUACAUCCUACCUAUACUACUGCUUUUAAAGUCCAUUCACUCAUCUGAUCUAUAUGAGGACUUGUGAGAUAUUUACUGAUUCUUUAGAAGCAUUAAAAAGUACAAUGCAAUGCUUCUUUUACUUUGGAAAUCUCCCUACUGUUUCUAUACACAGACUAUAUUGCACAGACUUCAUUGAAACCACAGGGUGCAAUUUAAAAUCUUAAAUUCGAACAGUUUUUAACACAAAGAAAACUAAAAUCAUCAGUAUUGUCAACUUCGUGAUAUUUGUCAAUAGAUUAUGUGACUUUUUAGACCUCCUUAGUGACUGAUCACAAUACUUUCUUUGUUCUUUCUUUUAAAUCUUCUUCUUGGUGAUAUUCACAGGAAUAAAAGUGAGUUAUUCCAUCUGUAACCAUUUCCUUUGUGUUCCUUCUUUCCAAUUUCCCAACUCCUCGCUACCACUGCUUCAUUCUGUCUACGUUCUUGAUAGAAAUGAUAAAGUUUUGUAAAUGCAUUUGUGGUGCUGUUCUGUGACUAUCUAUUCUUUCUAUUCUGAUAAAACAAAUAAAGGCAUAUAAGCAGA